ACGCCCCCGGUGCCUCUGUAGUACAGGGACAAAAUGGAAGCUCGCGCGGUGUGAGACCCGCGCUGCGUGCUGUAGCCCCGCUGCGCGUAUUUGUGAAUGGAGAAAAGGAGUCACUGUAAGAGGAUUACUUGAUUUUCAACUCUGAGUGUCCCUAAUUGGCGAGAUGGAGGAAGCUGGAGAGGGACAUCAGGCCCUGGCGGACAAUACUUCUAACACUAAUGAGGUACCCAAAAGAUGGGGCUUCCGAAGGAGCACGAUAGCCAGGCGUGAGUUUAUGGAGGAGGUCGGAAACUUGGACAGUACUCCUGUCUCAGCUCCUCGCCGAGGCGCUCGACAGGCCAGAGGCAGGGGGCGAGGUCGAGGUAGGGGUAAAGAAGCUGGCGAGGCGAGGCCAGAUUCUCCAGCUCCAAAACGAGGAAGAGGACGAGGUGGCAGGAAAAGUGCCCCAGCAAACCUAUCCUUUGUACCUUUAGCGGCACCACCAGAUGCACCCACCACAACUAACUUUGGUGGAAGUAGUUUUGUAGGUUUAGGCACCACACAACAAAAAACAGCUAAUUCGGCUGCUAAUCUUCGGUCGUCUAUUCAACUGCAGGCUGUUUCAGACAUUGAAGCGUCUAGUGAAGCGGCCGUCUCCGACCAGACUGAGGAUAGCGAUGAUCUCACCCUCCGAGAGCUUCAGGAGCGGGCGAGGAACCGACGCAGACUCGAGGAAGCUAGCGCUUUACUUGUAACUGACUUGAACUUGAACACUAACAGUGUAAAUAAGGGUGUAGGAGAGGCACAUGAACAGAAACGAUGUUUAGAGUCUGAGCAGAAUAAUGAUCUCAGAGUUCAGGGUGGUGCAUCAUCUUCCUGCUCUGAUCAAAGGGCUGGUAGAAGCUUAGAUGCAUCAAACACAGACCAAAAGACAGUUAGAGUAGUCGUAACGAAUGAAAUGGAAGAGGAGGCCAUGCAAAGUGAAGACUCGGACAAACCUUUAAACGACAGCAGCGAGGAAAGUGACCCCAAUGCCAUUUACUGUAUUUGUCGACAGGCGCACAAUAACAGGUUCAUGAUCUGCUGUGACCGUUGUCAGGAAUGGUUCCAUGGGGACUGCGUCGGCAUCACUGAGGCUCGUGGUCGUCUUCUGGAGAAGAACGGAGAGGACUAUAUUUGUCCCACUUGUUCUCCUUGUCAGAGUCCUGUAGAUUUCCUGAAGCAGCCGGUGCUCUCCAGAGCAGCACUGAGUUCCUCCUCUGAAAGCCUUUUAUCCAGCUCUGCCGGAGAGGACCGACCCAGCGAGGACGAGGGCAUCCGAGGAAAAAUCCGGAAAGCCACCACACCCAGCACUAAGAGAAAGUUCAAGAUUUUCCAACCGGUGAAGGUUGAAGCAGCUCUGUUGGGCCGUGAGAAGGAGGACGAGUCGAAGGUGAAUCAGAAAGCGACGGAGGAAAAGGCUGCAGCUCCUAAGUGUAUCGGGCCAGGCUGUUUUAACGAUGCCUUGCCUGAGUCUGUCUACUGCGGCCAUCAGUGCAUCAUCCGACACGCCGCUGUGGCGAUGCAGACCAUCUCCGAGCCCAAACCACAACCCCAGAUUCAGCCCAAACCUGCUCCUAAACCUGUCCCAAAGAUCCAGAAGAGGACGUUUCUUGAAAAGCUCUUUAAGAGGAAAGUGGUGGAGAAGCCGGUGAAGGAAGAGGAGGGCAGCAGUAAGGAGGCUGUGGUGAGCUCAGCGAUGGAGGAGCCCGUCGCAGCUCCGCUGUGCGCUGACCCUGAGCCCAAAGCUACGGGGGCGCAGGAGUCUACGGCAAUCGCUCCAUCAGUAUUUUACAAAUCCACUACGGUUAAAGAUGUAACGGAACAUGUGGAAAAUAAAGCAGAGACAAAGGAAGAUGCUCCUCAGGUUGAGCCUCCAAGUCCACCAGCUUCAUCAGACGUUCCUGAGAAAGAAGAGAAGACGGAAAAAGCUGAUGAAAAAGCAUCUUCUCCAGAUCCACCGCUCAGGAAACCAGUCUGUAAUCCACUUCCCAGUCGGGCCAAGAAAACCAUGCCCGGCUCUCCACGCCUGGCUGGGAUCAGACCGCUUCAGCCAGAACCUUCACAAAGCAAGAAGAGCACCGUCACCGUUUCAGAGAAGCCGAGCCAGAAUAAUAAACCUACGAUCGAACCUCAGGUCCAAACACCGUCCUCCGGUCCGGCACCGGAGAUACGAGUUCUGCCUGUUACUCCAGCGCCGGUUGCUCCUUCCAGACCUCUUCAGGCUCAUCCUAACAUGCAGAUGAGGCAGAACAUCAGACGCUCCCUCACUGAGGCCUUAUCAAAAAGGGUGUCUGAAAGUGAUGAUCUGGAGAUGUCUGAGAGUGACGUUGGGAGGCUGGCUGUGAACAUCGAGCGAGAGAUGUUUAAUAUGUACUACACUACGGACAACAAGUACAAAAAUAAGUACAGAACGCUGCUAUUGAGCUUGAAAGACCCCAGAAACAAGGGUCUUUUCUACCAGGUGAUGAAGGGCUACAUCACUCCAUUUAAACUAACCCGGCUGAAUCAGCAGGAGCUUCAAGGGGUUGAGAAUAUUGCUGCCACUCCCCUGAAGGAAGACCCGCCCCCUGUCUGUGUAAAUAUGGAGGAGCCUCUUUCUGUAUCUGAGGAAAAUGUGGUAAAAUCAGAGAGCACUGCGUCUUCAUUAGAAGAAAAAGCCUCCACAUCUCAGGCGAGACCCUCACAACCCAGGAAGGUCAGCACUGCUGUAUCGGACAUCAUCAGCAGCAUGCUAAAAGAUACAACGUCAGAGCAUAAAGCCCAUCUGUUCGACCUUAAAUGCAGGAUAUGUACUGGUCAGAUUUCUGCUGAUGAGGAUCCUGAUGCUAAGACGUUGAAAAAAGAAGAGCUAAAAGAGCCGAAAGAGGUGCAGGAGGAGAAACCACAGUUUGUUAUUCAGAUGUUUGAUAAAAAACCUGAAGAAUCCGACUCAGUUAUGGAGUCUCCAGCUUCGCCGACUGCGGAGGACACCAGCAUGGAGAUGACCCCCUCAGAGUUUUCUCCAAUGGUGAUCCCUGAGGUCUCUCUCGUGUCCAUCACAAGACGGGAUCCACGUACAGCUGCGUACCGACCUGCACCUGUACCUACUGUUGCUCCGCCUCCUGCCCAGGCUCCGCCUCUAGCUCAGGCUCCACCCCAUGCACAGGUAACAACCCUUACCUGGGCUCCACCUCCUGCUAAGGCUUUACCUUCUGCCCAGGCCCUGGUCCCAACCCAAGCUCCACCUCCUCCUCAGGCUCCACCCCCUGCUCAGGCACCGCCUCCUGCUUGGGCUCCACCCAUUGCCAAAGCUCCACCUCCUGCUCAGGCAUCAGUAAUUGAGAAAGAGAAAGUGGAGGAACCUAAGAUUCAAGUUCAACCCCUGCCUCUUCCUCCACCACCGCCCAUGCCAAAAUCCAUACUAAUGAAACCUUCUGCUCCAUCAUUACCAAGGUUUUACACUGCAUCUGGUUCAACCACAAGAAUUGCACGUUCACUUACACCAGGUGAAAAUGAGACGGGACAGUUUUUGUCCAAACAGGAUACAGUAUGGAAGGGCUUUCUCAACAUGCUGAACGUGGCCAAGUUUGUUACCAAGGCGUAUUUAAUCUCAGGAUCAGCGUCUGCUGAGCUGCUGAAAAAGGACUUGCCAGAUACGAUCCACAUUGGUGGACGGAUAUUACCACAAACAGUUUGGGAAUAUGUUGAGAAAGUAAAGACAUCCGUAACAAAGGAGCUGUCUUUGAUUCGCUUUCAUCCCGCGACUGAUGAAGAGGAGGUUGCAUACGUGUCCUUGUUUUCUUAUUUCAACAGUCGACGAAGAUUUGGGGUUGUUUCUAAUAUUUGCAACAGUGUUAAAGACCUUUAUCUCAUUCCUCUUUCUGCAAAAGAGUCCAUCCCCUCUCUACUGCUGCCACUGGAAGGACCAGGACUCGAGGAGCAACACCCCAAUCUUAUACUCGGGCUGGCAAUCUGUCAGAAAAUGAAGCGUCCUGGUGCACCUUCUCAGGAGUUUGAUGAAAAAAGGCCAAGACUCUUGGUGCCACUGGAUUCGCAAGGGGUGUCCCUUCCUACCAAACCUACAGUUCCUGAUGUUAAACUACUAGAUGGCAGUGAGCCUUAUGACCCGGAUAUACCCAUCAGCACUACUCCUCCUGGAUCUCCACCAGCUGGAGGAUCACCAGAUUCGUCAUCCUCCUCCUCAAGCUCUCUGACUGGCCCAUCUGCACUGUCUAGUAUUCUCUCCGUGGUCAAUCCUUUAAUGUCUGGUAGUGCUGGCACUGCCAAGACUGCCUCUUCCAGUCUUGUACCACCUUCUGGUGCAGGCACCUCUUCUAGCAAUAAUCCUCUACAGACUAUUCUUAAUACGUUAUUCGGAAACAAAAAACAAGACUCUGAUUUAAUAGCGAAUACUUCUGAAUCAAGUCCUUCUGGAGCGAAAGAACCUUCAGUGACCAGUCCAACCAGUGUUGACCCCAUUGUUCAGCAGUACCAGCAGACUCCAAAGGAUACAUUAGUAGAGAAAAUUGAAUUGAAAUUGGAUGACGAUGAUAGACCUUACGACCCUGAGGAGGAGUAUGAUCCCGCCGUUGAAUAUCAAAAUGUUGCUACUUUGAACUUCAAUGAAAUCUCUUCCUCUACAAAUAAGGUUGUUGAUGGUGAAGGUGGUGGUGAUGACGAUGAUGAUGAUAGACCCUAUGACCCAGAGGAAGAAUAUAAUUUAGGAAGUAAAGUUGAUACUCAGUUAGUCAGCUCAACGAAUGUGACAACAGUUUCUGAGAUUCAACCACCAGUAGACCCCGAAAUGAAAAACGACAUGGCCUAUGACCCAGAGGAUGAAACACUCUUUGAAGAGAUGCAGACCUACCUGGCGGAUACAAAUACACCCACCACCUCCCAGUGUGAAACAGCUCCAUCUGUAACAUUGUCUGAACAGCAGAGAUUGCUGGAGGAGUUGAACAGACAAAUAGAGGAACAGAAGCGUCAGCUGGAAGAGCAAGAGGAGGCGCUACGUCUACAAAGAGCAGCAGUUGGUGUCUCUAUGGCCCAUUUUUCAGUCUCGGAUGCUCUUAUGUCACCACCACCAUGUUUUGGCAGAGAACCCGAAGAGCCAACAGUAAAAGCACCAGCUGGUUCAACAGUGAACACAAGUAGGGAUCCGAGGCAGUCCAGAAACAUAAGGCAAGAUUCUGUUGUCGACAACAUAAAUAUGGAUAACGACGAAGUAAAUUCUAUAAAUGAAAGUUUUAUGAGAAAGCAAGCAUUGACACAAGCAACCUUUUUGGAGCCUUCAAACAAUGUAGUGGUACAUGAUAUAUCCAUGCCUGAGCAUAAGCUGGAGAUAGAUACCGAUAUAUCAUCAAUAACAUUAACUGACAAAAGGUCCACUAGUAUCGACAGAAAACAUCAACAUCAAAGUGCAUCUGAACUGGACGAAAGUACCCAGUCAUCCAGUAAUGAGAAAAAUCAACACUCAGACAGUAGAACACAAAGGCAUUCAUCCAAACCGGAAAAUAAUAGUUCUCCCAGAAGAAGGUCGAGGCAGAAUGACCGUAGAUCACACCACGAGGAAAAGUCUUCCCGUGUCUCCAGAGGUGAAGCAGACCGGUAUCGCAGAAGAGGUAAACGUUCUCCUGAGCGAUCAAGGCGAAGUCGAAGCCGAAGUCAUAGUCGUGAUCGUGAUCGUAGUCGUAGUCGCAGUCGCAGGCAAGAAAGAGUGUCAUCCAGUCAAAGAGAUCGCCACCGUCACAGAAGUACUUCAAGACAUAGGACUAGAAGAGACCAGCGCUCACCAAGGUUACACUCAACUCAGAGUAGGAGAUCUGAACAACGCGAGGAUGACAAGUCCCGCCAGAAAGAACAGUCACCAUCAAGGCCGAGAAGAAGGUCAAUAGACCACAGCACUGAACUGGCACAGAGUACAAAGCAGGAAGCAUCUAUGCAAGUUCAGGGUGAUGAAUUGCCAAACAAGGCUUCUGAGAAUGGAGAACAAAAUGCAUCAGAAGUGCAUCAGGGAACUGAAAACAAUCAGCCCAGCCAUAGAAGGCAGCCAUCUACUGACCUGUCUGGUCUGCAUGACAAGGUUUCUCAAAGGGAGCAACUGCCAUUAAUGACAAAUCUAUAUCAGGGUGACGUCUCUCAGCCUGGCUCUGAAAAAUUUGGUACUGAAAAUAAGCCUGCAUUGGAGUCUGCAAAGGAAGAGCAUUCAAAUAAGGACUUUAAAGUAAGGGACGAAAACCGAGAUGAGCCAGAAGUACCGAAAGAUCAUUUCUCUCAAAGAGAUCACUCCGAAUUACCCUCGCAGAGGAAUAGAAAUACUGGUUUAAUUCGUCAAGCAGACCUACUCCUACCAGAGCCACAGUCAUUUCAAAGUGAGGGUGCACCACAACGUGAUCCUCGCCAGUCCAGUAAAAACAGCCCUCAUACUUCUAGGGAAAACUCUUUGCAAAGAGACGAUUUUUGGCAGGAUGAUUCAGAGAGGUUCCACUGCAGGGGCCAGCCUCGUUUUGAGCGUUCCCUACUGCAUCAAAGUGAGGCUGACCAGUUCCCGAGUAUCAGAGAUUCGAGGGGUAAUGUUCCACAUGAUGAGCCUGUACUUAGUGGCCAAAGAGAUGAAAAACAGUCCUUUGGCUCACUACAUUCGCAAAGGGGCCAUUCCUCAUACCAUGAGAUUGAUCACAAAAGGCAAUUUCCUCAACGGAUACCCCAAACACAUAGGGAAGAUUCCACAGAACGUGAACAACCUUUUUCCAAAAACGAAUCAUUAUCUGGACCUCCAGAUUUGCAAAGAAGGCAACCUCCCCAACGAGUACUCCAAACACAUCGGGAAGGUUCCUUAGAACAUGAGCGGCCUUAUUUCAGAAACCAGACAGCAUUAUCUGGACCUCCAGAUAUGGCAAGUGGUGGCCCCGACCUGCGUUUUAACAGGGAAGCUUUAGCAGUACGUCCAUCUCAAGGCCAUAGAGGUAACUUAGCACCGGAUGAGACUCAUCAAAACAAUCACGACAACUACCCCGAAAGAAUACCUCCUAGUUAUGGAGAAGAAAGGGAAACCAACAAGGUAAGCCACAAUGCUGAUAGGUACUCAGGUAAUUUUCCAUUGCAAGAGACAGAGUCAGGCCAUCAGCGAGGUCUACCGUACAGGCCAGCCCACUUGCAAGAAGGUAAUUUUGUCCAGCCUGAGGCUGAAGAGACAGAUUUCAAAAACCAUCCACACCAGAUGCCAUCCAGUAGGAGGAGAGGUAGUUUUCAUGAGGAUGACGCCGAGCAGUUACAUCACCAGGACCAUGCUCCAGCUGAUUUUUCACAAAGGGAGAGGGAUAUACCCAGAGAACUCUAUUUUAGAGAGCAGUUUAGACCAAGAGCUCCUGGUGACCAGUGGAGAGGCCCACCUCCCAGGGUUCAUGGCCCAAGAGGACCUCCCUUGGGUACAUUGAUGACACCAAGAGGUCCUAUAGCUAUAAGGCCCAGGAUGCCCCGAGCUCCCCACCCUGAAAGAUUUGAGAACUCUGCACCUGGUCCAAACUUUGGUCCAAGGGGACCAUACCUACGACCAAGGAUGGUUGGUGAUGCUGGAACAUCUCCAAACUUUGGGCCAAGGGGCCCACCUUCAAGACCUGAAACGUUUGAGGGUGCUGAGCCUUCGAUUAACAAAAACGUUCGACCAAGGGGCCCCAGCCCAGUUUCACAUAUGUUUGAGGCAGAAUCACCACAGAACCCAGUAUUCAGAAGUCGAUUUCAAGGACCUGGAAUGUCUGAAGGUCACAGACCUCGAAUGUUAAGGCCGAGGGGACCAUCAUUUGGUCCUAGGAUGUUUGAAGGUCCUAGACCAGGGCCAUUGCGUUUUCGAAAUGUUAUGGGUGGACCCCGUGGCCUGUGCCAACCACGACAUGAAGUGCCAAGAGGCCCGAUUGAUGUUGGAGGGCCACCUCACCCACAGUUUGAUAAUGGCAACCCUGAAUUACCAAAUUUAAAUAAUCCAAAAGAUUUUCAUGGCACAAGUGACUUUGACCCAGACCAGCCAUUUGAUGAAGCUCAACCGCAGGGUUCAGAUGAAUCAAAUUUCCAUAAUUCUGCCAAUGAAAGUUUUUCCAAUCCCCAAGAACAAAGAUACCCCUUGGGAAGGUGGACUCAAGGGCAGCCUAGGAUCCCUAUGUCUAGGAGCCAUUCAUGCAACCUGCCUGAAACACCUCAGUUUCCUGACGUAGGUUCAGACAUAAAAGGACCUCAGCGAUUUGAUGAGGUUGGAGAACAAGGGACACUAGAGGAAAUAGACGAACCGCACUUUGAAGAACCUGACGUCUACAAAGGUAGCAUGGAUUGUGAAGAUGAUACUCAAACAAAAGUCCCACGUUUCAAUCUGCCUCGGGAUUUCAGUCGCCAAAGGGCCCCAUCUCCUCAUUUCUCUGGCCUGCGAAUGCCUGCACCCCGGAACAAAGAGUCGUUUGAAGACACAAAGCCGUAUUCACCACGUUUUCUGAAUGCCCCAACUUUUACACAGCUACAGAGACCCCCAGGCCCUAAAGGAAAUGAGAUUCCAGGCUUGCUCCCACGUACACGACUACAGAUGGUACGACCACUGAUCGUACGACCACAGAUGGUACGACCACAGAUGGGACGACCACAGAUGGUACGACCAGAAGUGGUGCAACCACAAACGCAAUUAGUUGGUGGUCCAUCCAAAGAACCAGAUGUUCGCCCUUUGCGGCUAUCAGGACCUUUGCUCCCAACACCCCCUGGUGGCCCAAUUAGGAUGCAAAACCCUAGGAUGCAAAGGCCACAAGGACCUCCUGCAAGAGGACCUAACACAGGAAUUAACCCUCCCCGAUUUGACGAUAAGUUUAACAAUCCUCAAAGACAGUCCUCCCAGACUCUUAUUCAUGAAGGACCAGCAGAAGAGCAUGAAGGGGAAGAAAGUAGUAGUCAGGACAGUAGUCCUGUAAAACAUGGAAAGCGAUGGCGAAGGAGGCCAAGAAAGAGAGAGGGCAGAAAUAAGGCGGCAAGAAAGCAAAGAAUUAAAGAACGCAGAAAGAGUGGUGGCGAGGGAUAAGAAGACCGAUACUGAUCAGAACAGAAACCGAUUGAAGAAGGAAGGGCUUUGGGAGUACUAACUCAAACAAGAUAAUUAAUUGGGCACUGAUUGAAAACCACAAGAUUGUGAACUGCGAUGGAAGGUUGAAAGGUUAUUGUGCAAGCAAAUCUUGUUCUCUAUGAAUACAUAAAUUAAAUGGUUGCAGUAUGUCACUUUAAUAGUUCCUAUUUUCUUUAGUUUUUAAGAAAAUGGUUCAGAAAUCAUUUCUUUGUACAUUUGAACAACUGUUUCAUAUCAGUCAAACGUGAUUUGAUUACCUUUCUUUACCACUAUGUGUAAUGUAUAGUUUGUUUUUAGGUUUUCAAAGUAAAGGUGUUUUUUUUGUAUGUAGCAAAUUCUGAAACAUUUCUUUGGCAAAAGUUGGUUCAUAUGUAAUUAUUUUAGAUACAUCUUUCAUGUGGAAGCUAAAUGAAGUUCUCAAAAGUUGUACAGUUGAGUCCAUACAGGUUUUAUAAGCUGUUUUCUAAAGAUGCAAUACAAGCCAGUUUCAGUUGAAGGAUCAUUCAGAAGCAUAUCCAUUGGAGAUUAACACAAUAAAUAAAAAAACUCAAAGA